AUGAAGGAGGAGUUUUUUGUACUUUCACUCAACUUCUCCCGGGGCCCGAUGCUUUCCUUUUUCUCUCUCCUUCAAUCUCUCUCCCAAAACUUCCCUCGCCGAUAACGUGAACGUGAAAACACUUCGACUCGACGACGGUUAGUUAGCUUCAAUCGGCUGCCACUCACCCCACACUUUUUCCACAUAAAAGGUCACCUUCUCUCUCUAAAACCCUCACUCAUCAGAGUUCUCUCUCUCUAACAUCCAUUGCAAAUGAGAGGGCUCUUCGUUGUCCUCCUCAUUCUCUCCUUCUCCUUCAAAUACGUUCUCUCUGAUGCUGAUCCGAAGUUUGAAGAUGCAGACGACGUCGUAAAUGCUUCUGAAUUCAACUCGUCUAGAUCUACGGAAGUUAGCUUCGCUAACAUGAUCGAUCGAGCUCUCGAAAAGGAGUUCAACGAGACUGACGACAAGUCCGAUGCAACUGAUCCCAGAAGCUUCAACAACAGCGUGGCAGAUCAAGAGGCAGUUUUGGAAACUGUUGCUAGGGUCAAGCCCAAGAAGAAUGAGACGAAGGAGGAAAAGUCGUUCCAGUUGCAUGAUGUUUUCCACCUGGAGAAUGACAAUGGAGCUGAAGAUACACCUACCUUGAUAGAUCGAAAGGAUAAUGUCUUUAUCAUGUCUAAUCCCAAGUCGAAGUUUCCAGUGCUGCAGCUAGACUUGAGAUUAAUAUCGGAUCUCGUUGUUGUCAUUGUUUCUGCAACUUGUGGUGGCAUUGCCUUUGCUUGUGCUGGACAACCGGUUUUCACAGGAUAUUUGCUAGCAGGAUCUGUAAUUGGACCAGGGGGUUUUAACUUUGUCAGUGAAAUGGUGCAGGUGGAAACAGUUGCUCAAUUUGGUGUUAUUUUUCUUCUAUUUGCAUUGGGUUUGGAGUUCUCCACCGCGAAGCUUCGCAUUGUUCGAGCUGUUGCUGUGCUAGGAGGGUUACUCCAAAUUUUUCUCUUCAUGUGUUUGUCUGGGAUAACAGCCUCGUUAUGCGGUGGGGAAGCAUCUGAAGGUGUUUUUGUCGGCGUCUUCUUAUCAAUGUCUUCGACAGCAGUGGUGUUAAAAUUUUUGAUGGAAAGAAAUAGUGUUAACACCCUCUAUGGGCAAGUCACCAUUGGAACUCUUAUUCUGCAGGAUUGCACGGUGGGUUUGCUAUUUGCACUGCUUCCUAUUCUAGGUGGUAGUUCCGGUGCUCUUCAAGGAAUGGUUUCCAUGGCAAAACUAUUUGUCGUUCUGGUCAUUUUCUUGGCCAUUUUGUCAGUAUUAUGCCGCACAUGUGUACCUUGGUUUCUUAAGCUAAUGAUAGGCCUAUCUUCGCAGACUAAUGAACUGUAUCAACUUGCAUCUGUGGCUUUCUGCUUGCUUGUUGCUUGGUGUAGUGAUAAACUGGGUUUGAGUCUUGAGCUGGGUUCUUUUGCUGCUGGAGUGAUGAUAUCAACAACUGAUCUUGCUCAACAUACACUUGAACAGGUUGAACCUAUACGGAACUUCUUUGCUGCUCUUUUUCUAGCUAGCAUUGGAAUGCUUAUCCAUGUUCAUUUUCUUUGGAAUCACAUUGAUAUCUUAGUAGCAGCUGUUAUAUUGGUCAUCGUCAUAAAAACUAUAGUGGUUGCCGCAGUUGUCAAGGGUUUUGGCUACACCAAUAAGGCUGCAAUUCUAGUUGGAAUGUCUCUAGCUCAAAUAGGAGAGUUUGCUUUUGUUCUUCUAAGCCGUGCUUCAAAUCUUCAUCUAAUUGAGGGUAAAGUGUAUAUGCUGCUUCUGGGCACAACUGCACUUAGCUUGGUGACCACACCAUUGCUUUUCAAGCUAAUUCCUGCUGUUGUGCAUCUUGGAAUACUACUGCGGUGGUUCUCGCCUGAAACUCCAAAUGAGAUUGGACCCAAAGGAGAUAUCCUGCGCGCAGACAGUUCUAAGCGUAUCAGUGUGCUGAUCCAAGGAUCCCGUGAUUCAUGAUAGUUAAAUAAAAAUCAGAACCAGGAAAAGCAAAUAGUAAUAUAUACCUGAUGGCAUUCUGAUGCUGGGGGACAGGAGUGCAAAGGAGGUUGACUGACUGGACAAUUCAUAAUCAUCAAGCUCCUUGUAUUGACCAACAUCGCGUGGUUUUCUUUGAUACAUCGGAGAGGUUGCAAAGUUGCAGAGCCCUUAUUCAUCUAUCUGCCAACAUUCCAUGGCAUUUAUUUUUUGAUACGCCAUUACUUCCCAUGUAGCUGCUAUAUACAAUCUUGUCCAUCUGUAAUGCAAUUGUUUAUAUUCUCUAGUUAGAUUUUGUUUUUUUGUUUUUCUGGGUUUGUAUCAAAACAGCCCUCUCAAUAUUCUCUGUAAAUAGACGAUCGUAGAUUAAAGUGAUGUAGCAAUUAUAGUUGUAUGUAUACAACUGAACCUUGACUUUUCAGGUGCAGUAUUCCAGUGCCUAAAUUUGCGAAAACUCCAACUGCCCCUUAAUAAAGCGCCACAAAAUUCUCUCCUUC